CAAUAGACUAAGGGAACCAUUUUUUUUCUUUCCCAUCUUCAUCCAGCUAAAACCCUCUCUAUCCAUCUCCUCUGAGAAAAUGGUUUCUGUUUCUUGCUCUUGUACUGUUUCUAGCUUUCGCUCCGUAGAAUUUGGAGCUCCUUCCUUUUGUGCCGGAAGUCAUGUGCGACUCACUACCCGUGCGAUUCAAAUCGGACAAGGUAAGCCGUAUAAGUUUUUCUAUGUUCUUGAUUAUGAAGGUAUAUCUAUACCAAGUCCGAAAAUUUUCGAUGCAAGUAAUUUUAUUGGGAAAUUAGAUAAUUUUAUUCGGCCUUGUUUCUACCGCUUAGUAGGUUAUUUCAUAAACUCGAAGAAUAAAAGACCUCACCUGUUCGCUGUUUCCGCUGUUGUGGAUGAUAAAAGUGUUGUAACGCCUAAAGAGAAGAAAGAAGAAAGUGUGGUAGAUGACCAGAAGAUGGUCAAAGUUUGUGACAAGCUCAUUGAGGUUUUCAUGGUUGACAAGCCCUCACCAUCUGAUUGGCGAAGGCUGUUAGCUUUCAGCAAAGAGUGGGAUAGCAUCCGCCCCCAUUUCUACAAAAGGUGUCGGGAUCGAGCUAAUUCUGAGGAUGAUAACCCGGAGAUUAAGCACAAGGUUUUUCGUCUUGCAAGAAAGCUUAAGGAGGUUGAUGAAGAUAUUCAAAGGCACAACGAGCUUUUAAAUGUCAUCAAGAGGACAUCACCUGCUGAUAUUGGCCAACUUGUUGCCAGGCGACGUAAAGAUUUCACUAACGAGUUUUUCGACCAUUUGCACACUGUUGCCGAAUCUUACUAUGACAAUCCGGAUGAGCAGACUGCUCUUGCAUCACUUGGAAAAUUGUGUAUCGCGGCUGUACAAGCUUAUGACACUUCAACAGAAAGCAUUGAUGCACUAAACGCCGCGGAAAUGAAGCUACAAGACAUAAUCAAUUCACCUUCUCUUGAUGCUGCCUGCAGAAAGAUUGACAGUUUGGCUGAGAAGAAUCAGCUUGACUCGGCGUUGGUUCUUAUGAUCACAAAAGCUUGGUCUGCUGCAAAGGAAUCUAACAUGAUGAAAGAUGAGGUGAAAGACAUAUUGUAUCAUUUGUACGUUACAGCCAGAGGGAAUCUGCAGAGGCUUAUGCCUAAAGAGGUGCGAAUUCUUAAGUAUCUACUAUCCAUAGAGGAUCCCGAGGAACAGAUGAGCGCUCUACAAGACGCUUUUACCCCUGGGGAGGAGCUUGAAGGGACUGAUGUUGACUACUUAUACACGACACCUGAGCAUUUGCAGAGCUUGAUAAAUACGGUGCUGGAGGCGUAUCAUUUCAGUAGAGAAGGGAGUUUAGUGAAGGAAGUUAAGGACCUUAUGCAUCCUGAGCUUAUUGCCAAAAUGGAACAACUCAAGCAGGUUGUUGAGAAGAAGUAUAUGUGAUCGAGAUUUUAAAAAUCCUAAGCUCUUUGUUAGUUUUUUUAAUUUUUUUUUAUUGUCUGCGUAUGUAUAUGGUGUUUUACAUUCUCCAGGUUUCACUAUUUACUAGAUUUUGAUGCGUGUUUUCAAAGUGCGGAUUUAUGUUUGAUGCAAACUUUAUA